GACACCACAUUCAAAAUGGCCUCUUGCAGAGAUUGCGAUGGUUGUGGACCAAAAUGUGCAUGAUCAAUACCUACCCGUGGCUUUAUCCUCCAUCCUCAACGCUAAAGGCAUUGGUGAACGAUGUCAUGAGUAUACUGCACGGGUUGAACCAUGUAAGAUGAAAUCUUGUUUUGCAGACAGCCCAGCCGAACCGGGGCGCCGCCGCUGCAGUAGCAGCCGCCGCAAGGUUUCAUCUGCGGUUCUGAAGCUCCACCGAUAAUUCCAGUGAGAUGGAAAGAGUGGAGGAUUUGGACGAGCAGGGUCUCGCUUCGUCUAUCGAUGUCAACGACAACUGGGAGACACGUAAAGCACACUUUUGCGUUUCUUACACUGAGUGUGUACAAUCCGGGGGGAGUUCUGUUUACAUUCCGGUUAUAAAGCAUAGUGUUUCAAACCCGGGCGUUGCUUCAACGAGGGAGAGCCACAUUGUGCUUGAUUCGAUAGCGGACUCUCUCUCUCUGGUGGUGGGAUGCAGGGACGGAAUAUUAAAUGGCUUUCCCGAACAUCAGGAGGUGGCUGUGGUCUGUCCUGAUGAUGGUGGAGAAGGAGGGGGAACCGCAGCUGUGUGGGCAGACGGAAUGUCAGACACGGAUCGGGUUACCGGGACUUCCGAAUGUGCGAGGGAGAGCUUGGAUAAACCCGUGAAGGGUUAUUUAAAUGCACAGUUGCCUAAUGGGGAUGCGACUUAUGCGCAUAUGGAUCACGAUCGGAGUAAAUUAAAGCGUUUGGAUUAUGGACACACUCUUUCAGAAGGAUUCAACAGGAAGACGGCUGCUUUAGACCGAGGCGUGAAAGUGGGGAAUGGGGUUUUUUUGAUUGUGAACAGUUAUGACACCCUGUCUUCAGUCCCCUUCGGAACCUUGGGGGGCCUUCCUGCUCCAGAGAGCCCUGUCUUUGUUCAUCAAAGUGAUACAGUCCUCCCUUCGGAGAGGUCACGUGAAAGGAUCAGCCGUGCCAGCGCGGAGAGCUCGGAGGCGGCAAGCUGUGAUCCUGAUCCGGGAGAUACCUUGUCAGACCUCAGUGCCAAGCUGUCCUUGUCUCCCCUUGCAGAGAACACCAGCGAUUACAUCGAGACCGACCCGAGCCCGGAGGAGGAGUAUAGCGAGACGGGCCCUCCACUUCGACCCCAGAAUCUCCGGACUCACCACGGCCACACGGUCUCUCUCAGCUGUGAUGCCACUCCUCUGAGCCCCGGCGAUGAUGGGUAUUUUGGAGCGGAGGGCACCGUGGAUGAGAGUCUUAGCUCUGUGAAUAGAUUUAAGGUCAGACGUCGGCAGAGCGCCCCAGACACACUUGGCGAUGAAUCCGAGGCCUCAUCUCACCAGACGGUUGCCGCUAAGAGACACGGCAUCGCUGAGUUUCUGACCAGGAGUUUGUUUUCCUGGAAGCCCAAGGAGUCAAGUGCCACAGCUUCCCAGAGUGCUCCAGGAUGGAAGCUGUUUGGGAAAAUUCCACUGUGGGAGGAUCCUCCCAUAGACUCAAGAACCAUCCCUCAGGAGUAUGAGUCCAGGGCAGGGCCAGCCUCAGAACCACCCUCUCAACCUCAGCCAAUGAGACGGAAGAAUCUGGAGUUUGAGCCUUUGUCCACCACUGCUCUCAUUUUGGAAGACAGACCUGCGAAUCUGCCGGCAAAAUCGGAAGAGGAAUCUCAGAGACACAGGCAGGAAUACAGUGAGAUGGUCGCAGGGGCCAAGAGAAGGGAGUUGAAAGAGGCACAGAAGAAAAAACGACAAAUGAAGGAGAGGUACCGACAGGAAGAGAACAUUGCCAACGCCAUGGUGAUUUGGAACACUGAGGUCCUGCCUAACUGGGAAAGCAUGCAUAACACUCGACGUGUGCGUGAACUCUGGUGGCAGGGCGUCCCACCCAGUGUACGUGGUAAAGUCUGGAGUCUGGCUGUAGGCAAUGAGCUCAACAUUACCCCAGAACUGUAUGAGAUCUUCCUGUCCAGAGCCAAAGAGAAAUGGCGGAGCUACAGUGAGACAAGUUCUGUCAGCGAAAAUGAAGACUGUGGUGUGUCGCUGGCAGACAGAGAGUCUAGUCUGGAUUUAAUCAAGCUGGAUAUCUCCAGAACUUUCCCCUCUCUCUACAUAUUCCAGAAGGGUGGACCAUAUCAUGAUAUAUUGCACAGUGUGUUGGGGGCAUACACCUGUUAUAGACCUGAUGUAGGCUAUGUGCAGGGGAUGUCCUUCAUUGCUGCUGUUCUCAUUCUGAAUUUGGAGGAAGCUGAUGCCUUCAUUGCCUUCGCCAACCUCCUUAACAAACCAUGCCAGAUGGCCUUCUUCAGGGUGGACCAUGACCUGAUGCUGAAGUAUUUUGCUGCGUUUGAGGUGUUUUUUGAGGAGAAUCUUCCCAAAUUGUUCCAGCACUUUCAGAACAACAGCUUGACACCUGACUUUUACCUCAUAGACUGGAUCUUCACCCUGUACAGUAAGUCAUUACCUUUGGAUGUGGCGUGUCGCGUUUGGGAUGUGUUUUGCCGAGAUGGAGAAGAGGCCUUAUUCCGGACAGGACUAGGAAUUUUGAGGCUGUACCAGGAAGUUCUACUACAGAUGGAUUUCAUUCAUAGUGCACAGUUUCUUUCCAGACUGCCUGAAAACACACCUGCACACACACUCUUUUCCUGCAUAGCAAACACACAGAUGGUCAGUAACAACCGUCGGUGGAACCAGGUCUUCUCUGCUCUGAUGAAAGAUGGACUCAAAGAAGCUGACAAAAUCAGCAGCAGCAGCCCUGCCUUUAGAAACUAACAACUUACAGCUAACUCUCUCAGAAGAGGUGAUGACAUCAUUGUUUCUAUGAUGACGUGUCUGAGACUUACAGAAGAUGAAGUCAUCUCACAGCACUUUGGCCUCUGCAGUGUCUUGAGGAGGACCAAAACGUCUGAGGGACAAAGCUCAGGCUCAGAGACAAUGUGCUGACUGGACUGUUUGAAGAAUCUCAUAAUGGACCUGUCCCCUGUGGAGCAGCCAUUUCUUCACUUGCACUUGCGAGUGUGUUUGUGCGCAUUUGUGAUGGAAUGAGUUUGACAGAGAGAAUAGGUGAAAUGUCAGGUUACCGUAUAAUGUGCCAACUUUCUCAAUGUUACUUUUGUAAUGCUGUACUAAGAAAACAAACUAAUCGGAAUGAAUGACACACACAUACACAGGGGCCAGAGCCACAUGAAACGAAUACUCCAUGCCAGCUGAUGUGAACCAGCAGUAGGCCCUCUGCAACACAUACACAGUCUAAACCUGUGGUAGCCUUUCAUUUGCACAAACCAAAAUGGUCCAUUUGUGUUAUGAAUUCAGCCUGUUUGCUUUUUUUUUUGUGCUUUUUUUUUUCCAUAGAGCAAUCGACACCUAUGGUGAUAUUUCUGUAACCCUGUGACAGAUGUAUUUUCUGAGAACAGUCAUACAAUUUUGCUUCUGACAUAAAUUUAUCUCAUUUUGAGGUUUAGAUACUUUUUUUUUGCAGUGUAGUCACUCAAGACUUUAAGAUAUUUUUUGCUUCAGUUAUUAAAAUAAUCAGCCACAUGCCUUUGAAUGAAAGGUUUGCACACCCAUAUACACACUAACCAGCCAGCAAACAAGAGAUCAGCUUUCAACCCUUGCAUCUUCCACUACACUCCAAAUGAAUGAACAGGUCCAGAUUUUUUUUUCUAGUUAUUUAAAGACUAUAUUGUUUAUUUUAAUUUAAGAAUUAUGCUUCUUUUCAUUUUUAUCUUCCUCAAUGAUGUACAGUGUUUUUUACAUAACAGUUGGUAACGUACACUUCUGGUGUGAGGGCUCUUGAGUAGAUGUGAAAAAAUAAAUCUCAGUAUUAGA